AUGCCCAGAGCUCACUGGGGUGGCAUGUUACUUCCCGGGGCUGGAGCUUCAACCGGGGCCGGAGCAGGAGCUGGGACCAGGUUGGGGAUUGCUGGCAGCGCACCUGAUGGGGGUGGGGUUCUAGGAGCAGCCAAGGGACUAGGUCCUGGUGAGCCGGCAGCAUCUCCGGUCGUUGCAUGCCUGGGGGACCAUAAGGACCUGGGCUCAUCGAGCGAGGUGGCAUUGGACGAGGCCCUGGGCCUGGCGAGAAUGAUCGGGGAGCAGGGGGAAAUUGAGCAGGGGACAUUGGGCGCUGUGGGUGAGGACGUGGUGCUGGAGGCCCAGCAUAGCCAGGAUGAGCCGGAGACAUGGGGCGUGCUGGCGACAUCGGUCGAGCAGGAGACAUUGGGCGUCCACCUUGAGGGUAGAAACGAGGAUUGGGCAUGGCACCAGGAGGCAUAG